UAUAAGCGCUUGCAUGUGUGUGAAGCCUGGCUUGUGUGUGUGUAUGUGUGUGCGAGUUUGACGCUGAGGCAGUGCGUGGAGGUCCAUCUAAACAGCUACGCUACGCUACAGUAUUUUCAACACAUCUACUCAACAUGGAGGAAGCGCCGGAAUUUGGGACUGAAAAGCUCCGUCGGGCAUGGGCAACGACAGAGUCCAAUCCGUAUGACAUGGAAGCAUGGAGCUUGAUUAUCCGUGAUGCUCAGAAUCGUUCCAUAGACACUGCACGUCCUAUCUUCGAGCGACUUGUGACCACUUUUCCCACAACGGGCAAGUUCUGGAAGAUGUUCAUUGAGCAAGAGAUGAGGUCUUAUAAUUUUGAGAAAGUGGAAAAGCUUUUUCAACGAUGUCUGACGAAAGUUCUCAACAUUGAUCUAUGGCGUCUUUAUGUCACAUACGUUAAAGAGACGAAGUCCAGUUUGCCGACUUACAGAGAGAAGUUGUCACAAGCAUAUGAAUUUGCCAUAGACAAGAUUGGAAUGGAUUACAACUCCUAUACACUGUGGAAUGAUUAUGCCAAUCUUUUAAAAAAUGUGGAGGUUGUUGGUUCUUAUGCUGAGAACCAAAAGAUUAUGGCAGUCAGAAAGGUAUACCAGCGUGGAAUUGUUACUCCAAUGGCAAAUAUUGAGCAGUUGUGGAGAGACUACCUCGAAUUUGAAAAAAAUAUCAACCCAAUUAUUGCAGAGAAAAUGAACAUAGAGCGUGGUAGGGAUUAUAUGAAUGCCAGGAGAGUUGGCAAGGAGCUGGAGGCUGAGACACGUGGCUUGAACCGUCACCUGCCAAGUGUACCACCGUCGGCUCUCCCAGAGGAAACAAAGCAGGUAGAGAUUUGGAAAAGAUACAUCAGAUGGGAGAAGGAUAACCCUCUACGUACAGACGAUCAGACACUAGUCACCAAGCGUGUGAGAUUUGCAUAUGAGCAGUGCCUCCUGUGCCUCUCACACCACCCGGACAUUUGGUAUGAAGGUGCGCUCUUCCUUCAGGAGUCCUCGAAGCUCUUGUCAGAGAAAGGAGAUGUAAAUGCCAGCAAAAUAUUCAGUGAGGAAGCAGCUCAGAUCUAUGAAAGAGCCAUCUCUGGCCCACUGAGAAAGAAUCAGCUGCUUUUUUUCGCAUAUGCUGACUUUGAGGAGUCUCGACUACGCUACCAGGAAGUUCAUAAAAUAUAUCAAAGAUACAUCGAAAUGGAAGACGUUGAUCCUACGCUGGCCUAUCUUCAAUACAUGAAAUUUGCACGACGUGCAGAGGGCAUUAAAUCUACAAGAGAAGUGUUCAAGAAGGCGCGUGAAGAUGUUCGUACACAGUUUCAUGUUUAUGUUGGUGCAGCAUUAAUGGAGUAUUAUUGUACAAAAAAUAAGGACAUUGCCUUCAGGAUAUUUGAGCUUGGUCUCAAGAAGUUUCCAGAUAAUGCUGAUUAUAUUAUGGCAUAUGUGGACUACUUGUCACAUCUCAAUGAGGAUAACAACACCAGAGUAUUAUUUGAACGUGUUUUAACCUCGGGACAAUUGAAGAAUGAAGAUACAGUUGGACUUUGGAAUCGUUUUCUGGAGUUUGAGUGUAAUGUAGGAGAUCUAGCAUCUAUUGUCAAGGUUGAGAAAAGAAGAGCACAUGUAUUACAAAAGCUGCAAGAAUUUGAAGGGAAGGACACAGCUCAGCUUGUUGACCGCUACAAAUUUAUGGACCUUUAUCCGUGUACUCCAGCUGAACUAAAAGCUAUAGGUUAUCGAGAUAUCUCAACACAUACAAUGAUAACCAAUCCAAACAUUCCCCGAGGCUUGUCUAUCCAUGAUGCACAAGAGCCAACUUAUGCGAGACCAGACUUUUCACAGAUGAUACCAUUCAAGCCCAAAGCCAAAUAUAUACCAGGCGAACACCCUGUCAAAGGUGGAGCGUUUCCUCCCCCUCCUGCCGUGGCCAACUUGUUAUCUCUGCUGCCACCGCCGAGCUGCUUCCGUGGCCCCUUUGUCAAACUUGAGGCUCUAGUCGAUCUCUUCAUGAGGCUUAAUCUUCCUGAGCAAGGUGGUCAGUGGUCAACUAGUGGUAGUCAUGAUGUUCGGCUCUUUGAACUGUCAAAGUCGGUCCAUUGGGUUGUUGACCCCAGUGGAGACCGCAAGAGAAAAGUGAUUUCAGGAGAUGACUCGGAUGAUGAAGAUGGUAACAAGCCAGUACUUACCAGUGAUAUUUACAGAGCUAGACAACAAAAGAAAAUGAAAUAAAGCUAUGGUGGUGAUAUGUAUUUUACAUACCGUCUCAGAGGGAUUUUUCACAAAACAUGGUGUUAACCCUGUGACAUGUAGCUCAAAUCUCUUAAUAUUAAGUUAGAAGAGCAAGUGGUAAAACCACACAUCUGAUUGUGAUAUCUUAAAAGAGUGCCGCCAAGCAUGUGUCGUGCACCAAGUCUUUUAACCAUGGUACACCAGUAUUGUACUUGUCAAACAUUGAAUUUGAAUACAGUAUUUUGUUCUCUCUGUGCAGAAAAUGUAAAGAUACUUUCUAGUUUAAAUUACAAUGCUUAUUGGUGACUAAGCUCAGUUCAUGAUAAUGGAAGGGCUAGCAGGGUGAAAAUGACAAUGACUUAACCAGAGCUGGUUGCUGCCAUGAUGGGUCUUAGAUAAAGCACAUUCUUUGUACAUGCAAAGGUACCAUUGUACUGUACAUUUUAGUAGUUUGCAAUGCAAAGAAUGUUAGCAUUUUAUUAUUUUGUAAAAUCAUCUAGUUGCUAUUAGGAAAAUUCUAGGAAUGUGCAAAAAUACCAGCAAUUUCAAACGGCAAUUUCUGUGUGAGCCCCGAAGGCUCCCUGAAGCUAUCAUGCUCUGAUCAGUCCCAUACUACUAGAUGGCAUCAGUUGCGGAGUUCUAUUGACCACGAGCCAGAACCUUCCCCCCCCCCCCCCACACAGAGAGGCGCAGGGAGCGAUGCUCCCUCCCUCACUGGGAGCCUAUAAAAACUUAACAUUUAAAAUUUAAUCGUACUUGUGGGAAGCUAGGUAGCUUGCCACUACUAGUGAAGCACCUAGAACGUUAGGCAAACCAAAAGAAACUACUGCAUGGUUUAAAAAUGAGACUGCAGCCUCAAAAUUGCCUAACUAAUUUCCUCAACAUUGAAAGCAAGCCUCCAAAAUUUUGUGAACCUAGCGCCCGCUAGUUUGCCCCUCCUCAUCCCUCGCUUUGGAAGAGGGAGGUGUAUCGGGUGUGUUUCAUGAAAUUUUGUUGGUUUGUUUUCAUUGUUGGGGAAAUUCUUUUAGAAAUUUUGAGGUUUGUUUUUAUACAAUGCAGUAGUUUGUUUUGGUUCGCCUAACUCUCUGGGUGCUUCCCUGGUGGUGGCAAGUAUGAUUAAACUUUAAAUGUAAAGUCUCUUCUCUCCGGUAGGCCACUAGAACUCCGUGACAUUACUGCACCUAGUAGUACAGUAAUGAUCAUUGAAUGAUCCUGCCUGAGGGAACCAAUGGGGCUCCCACUUAGAAACAUAUUUCAAUUUGUAUAUAUUCUGUAUUAUUGUAAAUAUAUUUAAUGGUAAUAGAUGCAAGAAUUUUUUUGUUCUGAAGAUUAUUAAAUAAAGUAUAAUUUUUUA